UUACGAAAUUCCUCAACGAAGUUUUCCAAGCACUGACUACCUUCCUCUAGGUCUGCGUCGUUACCACUCCUUCUCGUCAGUGCACUUCACAUGAGAUGAAAGAUGAACGUAACAAGAAUGGUCCAGGUACAGGUGGGAGAGGCGCCGAGAUGAUAUUUCACAUGCGCCAAGACUCGCCAUUGAUUUAAUGUUAAAUUCUCAAAGCGCGAUUCAUUCAAGAUACAAAAUUAAUUUUGUAUAAUGAGAAUCAACAACUUUAUACAGAUUGUAAUACAAUUAAUUUUAAGUAAUAAAAAUCUUGGAGGAAAAAAACGAUCUACAAUUACUGGCUCAAGAUUGUAAUUUUAAAUUGACGCGUCCAAUCGCGCCUUUCAAGAGUGUCAUCUACCGUUAAUUCGGUCGAAACACAAUUGAAUUUAAAUAAGUCGUUGACGCUAUAUUGUCCGUUAAUAAAACCGUAUGUAGCGUUGAGUUUUAUUUAUAUUAAAAAGAUAAUUGAUAACGAUUUAUAAAGUUAUAAGAUGCCGAACGAUCUACAGAAACGUAAAGUUGCUGUUGCGUCAACCAGUGCCGAUUGUUCUCCUUCCAAAGUGCCAAAAUCUGGAGAAUCUCAAAAUCUCAGUCAUGCUAGAAAUCAUUCUCAAAUUUAUGACGUUUCUACGGAAAGAUUAAUAGAUAAAUGGCUGAUAGCCUCGCAGGGAAAUGCUUUGAUAUCGCGUGAGGUAAUAAAACGUAUUUUGCCUUAUUGGUAUAGAGAUUAGAGACCCUUAUUGCAGGAGGAAAGACCAUCUGCACAUUUUUUGUUUAGGUACAAGGUAAAAAAGAAUUAAUAGAGGCUGAACAAAAAUGCAAGGAGGCUGAAGAAAAGAUACAAUUAUUAACGAAGGAACUUUCCGUCACUAAAGGAAGGACGACCUCGCUCUCUGCUGCAUUUAAGAGAGAAGAAGAAAUAAAAAAUGAACUUGCCAAUAAGUAAAAUUGACUUGACUGUUAUUGCUUUAGAUUUUUCUUAACGAUCUUUUCUUUGUUUCAGACUCACUGCUACGUGGGAAAUGAUACCCAGUAUAACGGAACAUGCAAAUUCAUUGACGGAAACGUUAAAGAAUUGCGAACAGCAAGUUGAUCAAUUAUCUAAUGUUUACGACAAUGUUAUAGCAAAGAAUUUGGAAGUUAUAAAGUAUCUUCGUAAAGAAAUUAAUGAUGUCCAUAUAAAGACUAAGGUGAAAGAAAAUUAAUAAGAAUAUUCAAUAUUAUAUUUUAGAAAUAAGAAAGGAAAAUAUUCAUAGCUAGUAAAAGCUUCAAUCCCAUGCAGGUUGAAAAAAUGAAUGCUGAAAAUUUGAUUCGAGUUAAGGAAACUGAUAUAAUCGAGUUAAAAAUGAAAUUCGGAAAUUUUGAAGAAGAAAUUUCACGAGAAAAAGAAACUGCUUCAAAUGCGUUGAACGAAUUGCGGACUGUAGAGAAAAGGUGAGUCUCUCGUUUUUUAAAAUAAUACUGAAAAUCGUAAUUUUCGUUAAAAAGUAUUGCUGAUAAAUUAUUUUUCUAAGGUUACUGGAUGUGAAUACAGAGAAGAGGAUGCUGCAAGAAAUUGUAGAGAAUCUAAAAGAUUCGUGGAAAUUGGAAAAAGAAUCACUAAUCGCGGAAUCUAUAGAAAAGCAAAAGGAAUUGACAGCUACCAAGCAAGAUUACGAUAAGCUAUGGUCAUCGUUCAAGACCUUAGAAGAAGAAUCCAGAAAAUUAGCACAGAGGGAAGAACAACUGAAACUGGAGUUGUGUUCAAAGGAGGAAGAGUACCAGAAGACAUUGUACAAUUUACAAUCGGUGGAACAAAAAUGGAAAGAGUACGAAAAACGUUUUGAAGAAUUCCUAGAGAAAAUAAAAGAAUUAGAAAGCAAAGAACUGGAUUCGGCCAAUAUAACAGAGAAACUUAAGGACGAAAUAAAUGACUUGAAAAGGCAAUUAGAAACGUUGCAGGAAGAGAAGGUGAAAUAUGAGUCAGAGAGUCAUGUGAAAAUUCAAGAAACGAUCAAGUCCUACAAACAUCUUCACGAGAUUCUUGAACAAGAUUUAAUAAUACAAAAAGAAAAACAUGAAGCCUGUUUAAAAGAGAAACAGAGAAUACAGUCGUUACACAGCGCAGAAUUAUCAAAACUGCAGUCGGCGUUGAGUGAAUCCAAGUGCGAAUAUGAAAAACUUAAUGAAAAAUAUUACUUCAUUCAGAAGAAUAAUGAGGAUCUUCAAAAUAAAAUAAAAAAGAUCUCCGAAACUCAAAAAAUAGAAAAACUUGAAUCACAAACUGAACUUAAAGUUAAGAUACAGGAAUACAUGGAAAAGGAAAUCGUAUAUAGGAAUAAAAUAAAAGAAUUAGAAAAUAAGUGUGAAAAUAUUAAAAUCUCCACUAAUGUGGAACCUACGGUGAGAAUCGAGAAACUGCCGCAAACUCCAGUUUUUAAAAGUAACGUAGUCCAAUCAACCAAGCACGUUAGAUUUGACUUCGAAUUAUCUUCUGAUACCAGUUCUGUUGAUGUUGAAUCAGUGGUACGUAAUGAAAUAAUGACUUUUAAGUAAAGUUAAAAAU